AUUUAACCAAUAUUUAAACAUUACUUUUGGGACAGGCGGCGUUAUGCAGCUUUUACACGACCGUCAAACACUACUUGCAGCGGUUCGUGACAUCAACAUGAUGAGUACUAACAUGUCAGCAAAGGAGGUAACGGAGAACUUCGAGGUAAAGGAAAAAAUAUCCUCUGAUGCAUCUUUGUUGCGGAUGAAUCCGGUGGCAAGCGGCGACAACAUGGCGACAGGACUAAAUUCAGCCCACAAGUUGAAAGAGGAAUUGCCGCCUCUUGUCCCAUGUUGUGAAGGAAGGGAGUUACAGAUCAACGAAGAUCUAGUGCGCACCGGGCUAUCUGCAAUAUCAGUGAAACACGACAACAACGUGAUUCAGUGCGUGAGCAUGUCAAGAGCAUGUGAAAGGAUGCAUGUGCAACCUGGACUCGUUAAGCACCGUAAUUCAUUCCGAUCGUUGCAUCGGCCAGACUUAAGAAGGGUUCCGUACUUGCGACGCAUGACACCCGACGAGCUCGAAACCCUCUUCCGCGGCUACGCUGCUAACCUUCCGGGACGAGGGGCUGGUAAAUCUGAUCCUCGAGAAGAAACCACCAGAGUAGUUCUGCCUCCCGACGAGAACAUCCGGACUAGAGAUCUGAAGGAAAAGGAAGUCAUCCGCGUUGACGACGGUAGGU